AUGAGCUUUUCACCAGAAAGUGCCCAUGCUGGAUCGUAUUUGUCCACCAUAACAGGGGGCAACUGGGUAGUUCUCCAAGAAAGCAUAGGCAUCUCAGCCAUGCACAUGCAAGUCCUUAGAAACAACAAGGUCAUCAUGUUUGAUCGCACAGACUUUGGCCGCUCCAAUCUCUCUCUUCCAGACGGCGAGUGCCGGUACAAAGACGAAGUGGUUAAGCCUAAAGAUUGCACUGCUCACGCCGUUCUUUAUGACAUCGCUUCCAACACCUUCCGCCCUCUCAUGGUCCAAACUAACACUUGGUGCUCUUCUGGCUCCCUCGAUUCCUCCGGCAAUCUCAUCCAAACCGGCGGUUACAAAGCAGGCGAGGCCGUAAUACGCUCUUUCACCCCCUGCGGUGACGAUUCUUGCGAUUGGGUGGAGCUGACAAACCAGGUUCUUUGGAACCGGAGAUGGUAUGCCAGUAACCAAUUACUCCCUGAUGGUCGCAUAAUUAUUGUUGGUGGAAGAAGGGCUUUCACUUACGAGUUUUAUCCCAAGAACCCUCAAGAAAGAGACAAUUUCACAUUGCCUUUCUUAAUACACACCAGAGACCCUCAAGAAGAGAUCAAUCUUUAUCCCUUCUUGCACCUCUUGCCUGAUGGCAAUCUUUUCAUUUUUGCUAACAACCGAUCCAUCUCGCUUGACUACAAACGUAAUAAGGUGAUCAAGGAGUAUCCGGUUAUGCCCGUUGGUGACCGAAGAAACUACCCUUGCACUGGCUCUUCUGUUUUGCUUCCUCUCCGGUUAACCGGAAUCACCAAUGUGACUGACCAUCCCGAAGCAGAGGUCAUGAUUUGCGGUGGGGCACAGAAAGGUGCCUAUAUCAAGUCCAAUUAUCUCCACAUUUACGAGCAAGCAUCAACAACUUGUGGCAGGUUAAAGGUGACGGACACGAAACCCGAAUGGGUCAUGGAGCUAAUGCCCAUUCCUCGGAUCAUGAACGAUAUGCUACUGUUACCCACCGGAGACUUGAUUAUCAUCAACGGCGCAACCAAUGGAAGUGCUGGUUGGAAUGACGCUAUGAAUCCAGUUUAUAAUCCGGUUCUUUACCAACCAGAUGAAGAUCCGACCCGAAGAUUCGUUGUGCUUAGCUCCUCCAAGAUUGCCAGGCUAUACCACUCCACAGCUGCGCUCUUGCCAGAUGGCAGGAUAUUAGUGGGAGGGAGCAAUCCGCACCAGAGGUAUAAUAUGACAGGGAAACCCUACCCAACUGAGCUGAGUUUGGAAGCUUUUUACCUACAUUACCUGGACCCACAGUACUCGUAUCUAAGACCUUCAAUUUUGACAGUGGAGUUGUCCGACAGAGCAGUGUCGUAUGGAGAGAUGUUCUCCGUUACCUUCGUGUGCUCCUCCUACCGUCUGGAUCUGGGGGUCUCCGUCACCGUUAUUGCACCGUCUUUUACUACGCACUCGUUUGGCAUGAACCAGAGGAUGGUGGUCCUGAACGUGCUGAGUGUAGUCCAGUUAUCCAUGUUUGCUUAUAAGGCUAAUGUGAUUGGACCAAUUAAUGUUAAUGUGGCCCCACCUGGAUAUUAUAUGAUGUUCGUUGUCCAUGCUGGCAUUCCUAGCAAUGCUGUUUGGGUUAACGUAUGCUAAAC